AUGGCCGAAGGAUCAAAGCUCAGAACAAUAUUCUCGCUGGUCAAGAACCUGGUACUGGCAGCAUUGGUCUAUGGCGCCAUCUACAGCCUCAUCACUUUUGUCAGCGAUCCCUCAGUUGCUGCCAAAGGGAAGAUUGGCAUUCCUGCCUUUCUAGACAAGGCUGGGCCCACGGAGCUGCUCGAGACGACCAGGUCGGGAGUCAAGGUCAAGUUUGCCGGCACCACCAAGACCGUCACCAUCAACCCGCACGCCAAUGUCUUCAACCGUCCCGUUACCGCCGUCAAGAUCAAGGAUGACUACCUGGGCCCCCGCCCCCACGUCGACACCGAGGCCGACAUCGACAUGCUGAUUGAAGAGUGCAGAGGCACUUAUGCCGGCAUCGAGAAGAUGAGGAGGCCGUUUGAUUGCUUGAAGUUCUUUGCAGAGGGAGAGGAUCGCUACUACAGUCUGCCAAAGCCCGCCGAUCGAGCCAGCGCUCAAGACCCCCGCAAGGCCGACUUCAUCGACGCUGAUGGCCACGGCAAGACACUCGAGAGCUACACCCCCAUCGCCGAAGCAGUAGCUGCAAACGGUACGAACAUCGGCACUUGCCCUGGCCCCAUCAUCCCCUACCACGUCUACUGGACCGGUCCUGCUACAUGGCGAGUCGAGGUCUUCAUCAAGAGCUACCUAUACACCCAAAACCUCGCAUGUUCUCGUCUAUGGCUCUGGCUCGAUAGCGAUCGCAACCCAAAGGCCGUAUACAACAUGCUGAACAAGGAUGCUCUCUUCGCUCGCUUCCUUCCUCUGGUUGAGAGAGGAGACAUCGUUGUCAAAGCCUGGAAGUUUCCCAGCCGAAUUCCACUUGCCACCGACAAAGACGACAAGAACGGAUUUGACUACUACAGCACGCCAGGAACGCCCAACUCCAAGGGAGAGAAGCACGUGGCCGAGAACAUUGUUGAGGACAAGACUGGGCAACAGUGGCUUGUACUGACUCAGAAGCAAAUGACUUUCCUCCCAGUGGCGGUCUCCGACGCAGUUCGCUUCAUCGUGCUGCACAUAUACGGCGGGGCCUACUUCGACAUGGAUGUGCUUAUGCUCAGGGAUAUGCGGCCGCUUUUGUUGCCGAAGGAACAUGCUUUCGCCGAACGAUGGGCCGCGCACCCACAUCCCGGUGAUUACAACACGGCUAUUAUGUCUUUAUCCGCAAACUCGUCUCUCUCGUCCUAUCUGUUGUAUGGCGGUAUCCGCAUGGGUGUCAACUUUCACCCUCGUGUGCUUGGCCGUAUGGCAUGGAAGGACGGACGCGACCAGGAGUUCAAGAUGUUUGAGACGGCUGCUUUCGAUCCCAUCUGGACCGAGUUCAACUGGGAUCGCGAGGGACGAUGCACCGUGCCCUGCAUCCGCGACUACAGCGCCGUGUUCAAGGGCAAGAUUGGCGGUGUCAAGGAUGAAUGGGAGAGCUACGAUGGACCUCAACUGGACCGUGUUGAUCUGAAGGAUGUCCAGUCCAAGGAACUCAAAAUGUCUGUGAACAGCACCGCAUUGGAGACCCGCCAGGACAACGUGCCUGCUUCGGCCGCAGCUCCGACACCGCAUCACGGCGAGCACCCUGACUCGUUUCAGGCCACGCUCGACGAGGAGGCUGAGCUGCGCAAGGCCGGCGUUAUCGAAGACUAUGUUCUGACCGAAGACAAAUACCCACCCAACAACCGCACGCUGGAGAACUUUUUCCGCGGUGCGUGGACGUACCACAUUCACAACCAACCCUCAUCUUGGAUCUCAGUCCUCGAACACGCCCACGAUGGCUUCCUAGCCGGCAAGCGCACAAACGCUUACGGCGAGAAGUGGACUGGCCCCAGCCUGAUGCCCUACAACUACUGGCCUGAAUACGUAUGA